AACUGCUCUCAAUCCACUCUGCAGAGCUGAGGACCUGCCAUUGAUUGGAACCCACAAUUGAUUAGAACCCACAAUCAAUCUUUCUGCCCUCCUCCUAGCAGGUUUACCUUCCACCUUUGGGCCUUCUCUUUAACUGCCUCUGAAAUGCUGUUUUAAACAGCAGACCCCGUUGCCUCUUUGGAAGAUGGGGAACUCCUAUGCUGGACAGCUGAAGACGACACGCUUUGAAGAGGUUCUGCACAACUCCAUCGAGGCUUCCCUUCGCUCCAACAGCCUAGUGCCAAGGCCCGUCUUCUCCCAGCUGUACCUGGAAGCCGAGCAGCAGCUGUCGGCCCUGGAAGGUGGCAGUCGAGUGGACAAUGAUGAAGAGGGAGAAGAGGGAGAAGGGGGCCUGGGAGCAAACUGCGCUGCCAACUCCUACCAGAUGCACCCAGCUCCAGAGGGGUGCUGCACCACAGAUGGAUUCUGCCAGGCAGGCAAGGACCUGCGUCUUGUCUCCAUUUCCAAUGAGCCCAUCGACGUCCCCGCAGGCUUUCUCCUGGUGGGGGCCAAGGCCCCCAGCCUGCCCGACCAUCUGCUAGUAUGCGCCGUUGACAAGAGGUUCUUGCCGGAUGACAGUGGCCACAAUGCUCUGCUUGGCUUCUCUGGGAAUUGUGUUGGCUGUGGGAAGAAAGGCUUCUGCUACUUCACCGAGUUCUCCAACCACAUUAAUCUGAAGCUCACCACUCAGCCCAAGAAGCAAAAACAUCUAAAGUAUUACCUCGUCCGCAAUGCACAGGGAGUGCUCACGCAAGGGCCUCUCAUUUGUUGGAAAGGCUCAGAGUUCAGAAGCCGGCAGGCCUCCAGCAGUGCAUGCCCCAGCAACCUCUUCCCACCCCUGGAAAGCCCAGGGCCUCUGACUGCCUUCUCCAGCGAACCCACCGCUGGACUGAACCCCAGCAUCUCAAUGGGAGCCCAGGCAGCAGGCCCAGCCUCUGAUCACCCCUCACUGAUAGCAGCCAUGGGCUCAACUGUCUUCAAUGGCCGCGAUUCCCCAAAGCAUCAGCAGCUGCUGAAGAACCAUCUGUCGGCCCUGCCACGGCCCUCGGCCUUAGGUAUUUCACCCACCUCUGGACCCCCCAAAAAACGCCACAAAGGGUGGUCUCCAGAAUCUCCAUCAGCUACAGACGGUGGCUACCGCCAAGGGAGCGGGAACCGAGCUGAGUAUGAGAGCACAGGCAUGCCCUGCAUGCCCCAGGUUGGCCUGGCAGGACCAGCCUCUGUCACUUUCCCAGUGGUGGCCUCCGGAGAACCAGUGUCUGUCCCUGAAAAUUUGCUGAAAAUCUGCAAGGCGAAACCAGUAAUCUUCAAAGGCCAUGGAAACUUCCCUUACCUCUGUGGGAACCUCAAUGAUGUGGUGGUGAGUCCCUUGCUGUACACAUGUUACCAGAACUCACAAUCCAUCUCCCGUGCAUAUGAGCAGUGUGGCGCCUCUUCUAUCCAGCCCAUCUCGGAGGAGAUGCAGCUCCUUCUCACUGUCUACUACUUGGUGCAGCUGGCGGCUGACCAGGUGCCGCUGAUGGAGGACCUGGAGCAGAUCUUCCUGCGCUCGUGGCGCGAGUCGCACCUGACCGAGAUCCGGCAGUACCAGCAGGCGCCCCCGCAGCCCUUCCCGCCCACUCCCAGCGCUGUGACACCUGUCACCUCCGCGCAGCUGCCCUGGCUGGCCGGCCUGGCUGCCAGCUCCUGCAAUGACAGCGUGUACAUCAUCGAGUGCACCUACUCCCUGUCUGAGGGCCUCUCGGAGAUGUUCCGGCUGCUGGUCGAGGGCAAGCUGGCCAAGACCAACUACGUGGUGAUCAUCUGCGCCUGCCGCAACGCUGCCAUCGACUCCUGCAUCGCCGUCACCGGAAAAUACCAAGCCCGGAUUCUUUCUGAAAGCCUUCUCAGCCCCGCGGAGUACCAGAAAGAAGUCAGUUACGAGCUGGUCACCGGCAAAGUAGACUCCCUGGGUGCCUUUUUCAGCACACUCUGUCCAGAGGGUGACAUUGACAACUUACUGGACAAAUUUCAGCAGGAAAAUCAAGGCCAUAUUUCUUCCUCACUUACCUCUUGUGUCACCAAGCCAGCAACUGUGGAUGCCAGUGGGGCCCCAACCUGCACAAGUUACGGUCUGGAGCCGCACUGCCUGCGGCCCUUCCAGCUGGCCGUGGCUCAGAAGCUCCUCUCCCACGUGUGUUCCAUUGCGGAUUCUAGUACCCAGAAUCUGGACUUAGGAUCCUUCGAGAAGGUGGACUUCCUGAUUUGUAUUCCACCCUCAGAAGUAACCUACCAGCAGACCCUGUUUCACGUCUGGCAUUCAGGGGUUUUGCUGGAGCUUGGCCUGGAAAAGGAGCACAUGACCAAGCAGAGGGUCGAACAGUAUGUUUUGAAAUUAGACGCAGAGGCGCAGACAAAAUUCAAGUCCUUUCUGCAAAACUCCUUUCAAAAUCCGCACACGCUCUUUGUCCUAAUCCACGACCAUGCCCACUGGGAUCUUGUGAGCAGCACAGUCCAUAACCUCUACUCCCAAAGUGACCCAUCGGUGGGAUUGGUGGACAGGCUGCUCAACUGCAGGGAGGUGAAGGAAGCCCCCAACAUCGUCACCCUUCACGUCACCUCUUUUCCCUAUGCGCUGCAGACACAGCACACCCUCAUCAGUCCCUACAACGAGAUCCACUGGCCUGCCCCCUACAGUAAUGGAGUGGACUUAUAUCCUGAGAACAAGAAGUACUUCGGGCUGUCUGAGUUCAUCGACUCCACCCUCUCAGGGCACAGCCUCCCCCUGCUGCGAUAUGACAGCUCUUUUGAGGCCAUGGUCACAGCGCUGGGAAAGAGAUUCCCCCGCCUGCACAGUGCAGUGAUCAGGACCUUUGUCCUUGUACAACACUAUGCGGCUGCCAUGAUGGCUGUGAGCGGCCUCUCGCAGAUGAAGAAUUAUACAUCAGUGGAGACGCUGGAGAUCACCCAGAACCUCAUCAACUCCCCAAAGCAGUGUCCCUGUGGCCAUGGGCUCAUGGUGCUGCUGCGGGUCCCUUGCUCGCCACUGGCGGCUGUGGCCUAUGAGCGGCUGGCCCAUGUGCGUGCUCGACUGGCGCUGGAGGAACACUUUGAGAUCAUCCUGGGCAACCCCAGCUCGGGCAUCACUGUGGGGAAGCACUUUGUGAAGCAGCUCAAGAUGUGGCAGAAAAUUGAGGAUGCAGAGUGGAGACCUCAGACUUACUUGGAGUUGGAAGGCCUGCCUUGCAUCCUAAUCUUCAGUGGGAUGGACCCACAAGGAGAAUCCUUACCAAGGUCUCUGCGGUACUGUGACCUGCGUCUGAUUAAUUCCUCCUGCUUGGUGCGGACUGCUCUGGAGCAGGAGCUUGGCCUGGCUGCCUACUUUGUGAGCAAUGAGGUGCCUGUGGAGAAGGGCACACGGGGUGAAGCUUUGGAGAGCGACGCGGAGAAGCUGAGCAGCACUGACAAUGAGGAUGAGGAGCUGGUGACAGAAGGCUCCACCUCAGAGAAGAAGAGUCCCGUGAAGAGGGAAAGGUCCUGCUCCCAUGACUCAGCUUCUUCAUCCCACUCCUCCAAAGCAUCCAGCUCAGCACUCUGCAGUCAGUCCUCUGCUCAGCCUCAGGGGGAGCAGGCCAAGUCCCCGACAUCCUGCGGCCCUUCAGAGGAAUCCAGAGCCACUGGUGAGAGGCAGAGGCUUCGAGUGAGCCAGGGGACGCCAGCCAUCAGUAGGCACAACCCUGGAAUGGGCCCCCAGCCUGACUCCAGUCUCAAGCUCAGCCAGAAGAGUGUUCAGCUGUCCGUCCCACCACCAGUCCAGCUCUCUUCCUCAGGCUCAUCAUCUUCACCCAUGGGACCCACUGCUGGUUCGCUCAUGCUACAGGCCCCACAGUGCUCCUUGACCAAGGCCUGCCAGCAGCCACCCAUUGUCUUCCUGCCCAAGCUAGUGUAUGACAUGGUCACAGCCACUGACAGCAGCGGCCUGCCCAAGGCAGCCUCGCUCCUGCCCUCCCACUCAGUCAUGUGGGCCAGCUCCUUCCGCCCUCUACUCAGUAAGACCAUGACAUCCACGGAGCAGUCUCUCUACUAUCGACAGUGGACGGUGCCCCGGCCCAGCCACAUGGACUACAGCAACCGAGCGGAGGGCCGUGUGGACAGUUUCCACCCACGCAGGCUGCUGCUCAGCGGGCCCCCUCAGAUCGGGAAGACAGGUGCCUAUCUGCAGUUCCUCAGCAUUUUGUCCCGAAUGCUCAUUCGGCUGACAGAAGUGGAUGUUUACGAUGAAGAAGAGAUCAAUAUCAAUCUCCGAGAAGAGGCAGAGUGGCAUUCUUCCCCACUCAAUGACCCCUGGCCAGACCUGGAACUAUUCAAGAAGAUGCCUUUUGACUACAUUAUUCAUGACCCCAAGUAUGAGGAUGCCAGUCUGAUUUGUUCUCACCAUCAGAGCAUCAAGAGUGAAGACAGAGGGCCAUCUCGGAAACCAGAGGAGCUAUAUGUACGGCGCCAGACAGCCCGGAUGCGGCUGUCCAAGUAUGCAGCCUAUAAUACGUACCAUCACUGUGAGCAGUGCCACCAGUACAUGGGGUUUCACCCCCGUUACCAGCUCUAUGAGUCCACCCUGCACGCCUUUGCCUUCUCUUACUCCAUGCUAGGAGAGGAAAUCCAACUCCACUUCAUCAUCCCCAAGUCCAAGGAGCAUCACUUUGUCUUCAGUCAACCUGGAGGACAGUUGGAGAGCAUGCGUCUUCCCCUUGUCACAGACAAGAACCAUGAGUAUAUAAAAAGCCCAACAUUCACACCCACCACGGGUCGCCAUGAACAUGGGCUCUUCAAUCUCUAUCAUGCUAUGGACGGGGCCAGCCAUCUGCACGUGUUGGUUGUCAAGGAGUAUGAGAUGGCCAUCUACAAGAAGUAUUGGCCAAACCACAUCAUGCUGGUGCUUCCCAGCAUCUUCAACAGUGCAGGCGUUGGAGCCGCCCACUUCCUGAUCAAGGAGCUGUCCUACCACAACCUGGAGCUUGAGCGCAAUCGGCAGGAAGAACUGGGCAUCAAGCCUCAAGAUAUCUGGCCUUUCAUUGUGAUUUCCGAUGACUCCUGUGUGAUGUGGAAUGUGGUGGAUGUGGACUGUGGUAGGGAGAGAGGCAGGGAGUUCUCCUGGUCAGAAAGGAAUGUGUCCUUGAAGCAUAUCAUGCAACACAUUGAGGCGUCCCCCAACAUCACCCACUAUGCUCUGAUUGGCCUGCGGAAAUGGUCCAGCAAGACCGGGAACCACGCAGUGCGUGAGCCCUUCUCCCGCUGCCAUGUUCAUGACUUUGUUGUCCUGAAUGUGGACCUGACCCAGAAUGUGCAGUACAAUCAGAAUCGAUUUCUAUGUGACGACGUGGAUUUCAACUUGCGGGUGCACAGCGCUGGCCUGCUCCUCUGCCGUUUCAACCGCUUCAGCGUGAUGAAGAAGCAGAUUGCGGUGGGAGGCCACCGGUCUUUCCAUAUCACCUCCAAGGUGUCUGACAGCCCCGCAGUCACCAUGCCAUCCCAGUACAUCUGCGCACCCGACAGCAAACACACCUUCCUGGCAGCCCCUGCACAGCUCCUGCUCGAGAAGUUUCUGCAGCACCACAGUCAUCGCUUCUUCCCACUUUCCAUCAAGAACCAUGGCCACCCUGUGCUUUCCGUGGACUGCUACUUAAAUCUGGGCUCCCAGAUUUCUGUGUGUUAUGUGAGCUCCAGGCCUCACUCUUUAAACAUCAGCUGUUCUGACUUCAUGUUCAGUGGCCUCCUGUUGUACCUCUGUGACUCUUUUGUGGGAGCUAGUUUUUUGAAAAAGUUUCACUUUCUGAAAGGUGCCACCUUGUGCGUCAUCUGCCAGGACCGAAACUCACUCCGCCAGACGGUUGUCCGCCUGGAGCUGGAAGAUGAAUGGCAGUUCCGACUGCGAGAUGAGUUCCAGACAGCCAACGCUAAGGAAGACCGGCCACUCUUCUUUCUGACUGGACGACACAUCUGAGGGAGAAGCCAACACUUUUCUGGAUUAGUGUAUCCUCCUAAACCUCAUGCUGCUGAGGCUCAAGGAAGAAAAAAAUCACAGAACCAAGGAGAGUCUGAACUGAAAGCGCCUAAGACUGUUGCUCAGCCUCCUCAAGUGCCCGGAGAGAUGGUAGAAAUGG